AUGGUUCUCGGACGUCUCACUCACUACGCUUUCGACGCUGUACUAUUCUCUGCCUUUCUAGCAGGAAUCAAACGGUCGACUGGUUUAACAAAGGGAGAAAACGCGGUGUGGUGGGUUGAAUCGGACGAGCAUCGCAUGGGUCGUGGACGAACGGCCAAACAUGACGUUAGCCCCAGCCUGAACUCUGAUAAGAUCACAGAGAGCAAAGAAGUUAAACGAUGGCUAGAUGGCUAUCUCGGUGUUGGUGAAUGGGUGAUGGACCAGAGCAUCGCCGUGUUGGGAUCGACCGGAUAUUUCGAGCGCAAGCGAUGA